GGAACUAGGAGUGGAGGCAAUCCUUUCUUUCAGCUGGAGUGCUUCUCAUGAGCCAGCCCCACCCUUAGAAAAGAUGUUUUCCAUGAGGAUCGUCUGCCUGGUCCUAAGUGUGGUGGGCACAGGAUGGACUGCAGAUACUGGUGACGGUGACUUUCUAACUGAAGGAGGAGGCGUGCGUGGCCCAAGGGUUGUGGAAAGGCAUCAAUCUGCCUGCAAAGAUUCAGACUGGCCCUUCUGCUCUGAUGAAGACUGGAACUACAAAUGCCCUUCCGGCUGCAGGAUGAAAGGGUUGAUUGAUGAAGUCAAUCAAGAUUUUACAAACAGAAUAAAUAAACUCAAAAAUUCACUACUUGACUAUCAGAAGAACAAUAAAGAUUCUAACUCAGUGACCACUAAUAUAAUGGAAAUUUUGAGAGGCGAUCUUGUCUCAUCCAAUAACCGUGAUAAUACCUAUAACCGAGUGUCUGAAGAUCUGAGAAGCAGAAUUGAAGUCCUGAAGCGCAAAGUCAUAGAAAAAGUACAGCAUAUCCAACUUCUGCAGCAAAAUGUUAGGUCUCAAUUGGUUGAUAUGAAAAGACUGGAGGUGGACAUUGACAUUAAGAUCCGAUCUUGUCGAGGGUCAUGCAGUAGGGCUUUAGCUCGUGAAGUAGAUCUGAAGGACUAUGAAGAUCAGCAGAAGCAACUUGAACAGGUCAUUGCCAAAGACUUACUUCCCUCUAGAGAUAGGCAACACUUACCACUGAUAAAAAUGAACCCAGUUCCAGACUUGUUUCCCCCGAAUUUCAAGAGCCAGCUUCAGAAGGCAUCCCCAGAGUGGAAGGCAUUAACAGACGUGCAGCAGAUGAGAAUGGAGUUAGAGAGACCUGGUGGAAAUGAGGUUACCCGAGUAGACUCCUCUUAUGGAACAGGAUCAGAGACAGAAAGCCCCAGGAAACCUAGCAGUGCUGGAAGCUGGAACCCUGGGAGCUCUGGACCAGGAAGUACUGGACACCAAAACCCUGGGAGCUCUGGACCAGGAAGUACUGGACCCUGGAAACCUGGGAGCUCUGGACCUGGAAGUACUGGAACCUGGAACCCUGGGAGCUCUGGACCUGGAGGUACUGGAACCUGGAACCCUGGGAGCUCUGGAACUGGAAGUACUGGAACCUGGAACCCUGGGAGCUCUGGAACUGGAAGUACUGGAACCUGGAACCAAAACACUGGGAGCCCUAGACCUGGUAGUACCGAAACCUGGAAUCCUGGCAGCUCUGGACAUGGAAGUGCUGGGCACUGGAGUUCUGAGAGCUCUGUAUCUAGUAGUACUGGACAUUGGCACUCUGGAUCUGGAAGUUUUAGGCCAGAUAGCUCAGGCUCUGGGAACACCAGGCCUACCAACCCAGACUGGGGCAUGGUUGAAGAGGUGCCAGGAAAUGUAAGUCCAGGGACAAACAGAGAGUACCACACAGAUAAACUGGUCACUUCUAAAGGAGACAAAGAGCUUGUGGUUGGUAAAGAGAAGGUCACCUCUGGUAGCACAACCACCACACGUCGUUCAUGCUCUAAAACUGUUACUAAGACUGUUAUUGGUCCUGAUGGUAACAAAGAAGUUACCAAAGAAGUGGUGACCUCCGAAGAUGGUUCUGACUGUCCUGAGGCAAUAGAUUUAGGCAUAGGUACUCUGGAUGAGUUCCGCCAUAGGCACCCUGAUGCAGCUGCCUUCUUUGACACUGCCUCAACCGGAAAAACAUUUCCAGGUUUCUUUCCACCUAUGUUCAGAGAGUUUGCCAGUGAGACUGAGUCAAUGGGUUCAGAAUCUGGUACCUUCACAAAUACAAAGGGAACCAGUUCUCAUCACUCUGGGGUAGCUGAAUUCCCUUCCAGUGGUAAAACUUCAAGUCAUAGCAAACAAUUUAUUAGUAGCACAGCUUACAACAGAGAAGGCUCCACAUUUGAAAGCAAGAGUUAUAAAAUGGCAGAUGAGGCCGGAAGUGAAGCUGAUCAUGAAGGAACACAUUCCACCAAGAGAGGCCAUGCUAAAUCUCGCUCUUCCAGAGGUAUCCACACUUCUCCUUUGGGGAAGCCUUUCCUGUCCCCUUAGACUAAGUUCAAUAUUUCUGCACAGUGCUCCCAUGGCCCCUUGCAUUUCCUUCUUAACUCUCUGUUACAGUUCAUUGAAACUACACUUUUUUGGUCUGUUUUUGUGCUAGACUGUAAGUUCCAUGGGGGCAGGGCCUUUGUCUGUCUCAUCUCUGUAUUUCCAAAUGCCUAACAGUAACAGAGUCAUGACUCAAUAAAUACAUGUUAAAUGGAUGAAUUACUUCCUCUGAAACUCUAUUUGAGCUUAUUUAAUCAAAUUCUUUCACUAGUCAAAGUGUGUGCUAUUAGAAUUGUCACCCAAUUGAUUAAUCACAUUUUUAGUAUGUGUCUCAGUUGACAUUUAGGUCAGCCUAAAAACAAGUUCUAUUAGUAUUAAUUGAUGCUUAGCUACCUGUACUGGUUACUUACUAUUAGUAUGUGCAAGUAAAAUUCCAAAUCCAUUUGAGGAAAAUCCCCUUUGCAAUUUGUAGGUAUAAAUAAGCCCUUGUUUGCAUAAGUUCUAUCCCACUGUAAGUGCAUCCUUCCCCUAUGGAGGGAAGAAAAGGAGGAAGAAAGAACAGAAGGGAAGGAAACAAUAUUUGCCUUCUUUAAUCUGAGUCGUGCCUAUCUUUGUAAAGUUAAAUGAGAAUAACUUCUUCCAACCAGCUUAAUUUUUUUUUUAGACUGUGAUGAUGUCCUCCAAACACAUCCUUCAGGUACCCAAAGUGGCAUUUUCAAUAUCAAGCUACCCGGAUCCAGUAAGAUUUUUUCUGUUUAUUGCGAUCAAGAGACCAGUUUGGGAGGAUGGCUUUUGAUCCAGCAAAGAAUGGAUGGAUCACUGAAUUUUAACCGGACCUGGCAAGACUACAAGAGAGGUUUCGGCAGCCUGGAUGACGAGGGGGAAGGAGAAUUCUGGCUAGGCAAUGACUACCUCCACUUACUAACCCAGAGGGGCUCUGUUCUUAGGGUUGAAUUAGAGGACUGGGCUGGGAACGAAGCUUAUGCAGAAUAUUACUUCCGGGUAGGCUCUGAGGCCGAAGGCUAUGCCCUCCAGGUCUCCUCCUAUGAAGGCACUGCAGGCGAUGCUCUGAUUGAAGGUUCCGUAGAGGAAGGGACAGAGUACACCUCUCACAACAGCAUGCAGUUCAGCACCUUUGACAGGGAUGCAGACCAGUGGGAAGAGAACUGUGCAGAAGUCUAUGGGGGAGGCUGGUGGUAUAACAACUGCCAAGCAGCCAAUCUCAAUGGCAUCUACUACCCUGGGGGCUCCUAUGACCCGAGGAAUAACAGUCCUUAUGAGAUUGAGAACGGAGUGGUCUGGGUUUCCUUUAGAGGGGCGGAUUAUUCCCUCAGGGCUGUUCGCAUGAAAAUUAGGCCCCUUGUGACCCAAUAGACUAAAGGAGUGGGAGUGGGAGCACUCUGGCUUCUUUGCUAGAAAAGUGGAGAGGAAAUAAGAAAGGUAAAGCGUUGAGAUUCUCUACAAUCUAAAAAAUUCCUAGGUGCUAUUUUCUUAUCCUUUGUACUGUAGCUAAAUGUACCUGAGACAUAUUAGUCUUUGAAAAAUAAAGUUAUAUAAGUUUUUUUAUCUUUAAA